CUUCGCCGUCUCACGUGUUUCGCCGCCCGCGACAUACGCGAAUCAGCUGCGUCGCGACGCACCACCUCCUCGACUGAUAUGAACCGAGGAUGACGACGUGGGUCAUGCCGCUGUCAUAUCUGCGAUAUGACAGUUCGAUCUUUGACGAAUCUUCGCUUCGCCGCUCUUGGCACGCGAGAAAUCGCGCGGUGGCGGCGCGGUGGCGAUGAUGACAAUAAUAGUGGUGGUGGAUACACAUAGUGAAGGAGGUGGUGGUAGUGAUGCCGAUGGUGGUGGUGGUGACGACGACGACGACGACGACGGCGAUUCGGUGCGAGCACUCGAUUUUGGGAAUUUUACGUCGCGCGCUGAAGCAAAAGAGAAGGGAGAGACGGAGCGCCGAGGAGGCCAGCGAGGAGGCCAGCGUGAGGCCGGGCGAGAAGACGGUGAAAGCGAGCCUUUUGUCACGGCGCGGCAACGCACGGUGCAUAACCUAAAAAUCAAAUACACAUCUCGCGCUCGACAGCGCUCGAGACAUUUUUUUCCCGUUCCCAACGUCGACUCCUCCGUCAGGAGAGACGUCCGACUCGCUCGACAUGACGGACGUGCCGGCUCGACGACGAGGGACCUCGCGAUAAAGACCGGGCGGCAACGUAUGGAGAAUAUGGAGACCACGAGCGGCAACGAGGCGGGCGGGGAGCAAGCUACUCCCGACAGCACGGUACCGAGGAAGUCCUGGUCCGAGCUCCGCGCUGUUGUCAGCGAUCUCAGGAGGAAACUGUCCGGCGUGUCCGCCGGCUCCGUGCCCGGGUCCAUAACUUUCCGUUCACUUCCGGAUGGCCGAACUAGAAUCUAUUUCCUUAGUACUCCGAGUAAUGGAUGGGAGACCACGCUUUUGUAUGUAGACAUUGCACAUGCGGAUCAUGCCAAUGGUUAUCGUCUACACUGGCAGCCUGUCAUCGAAGCAAAUUUCCAAAGUGUAUCAAGCACAAAUAGACUAUCGAAGGAGGAACAAUUGUUGUGGGAAAGGAAAAGGCUUGCUACAUGGGGCAUAACCAGUUAUGAGAUUCAUGCGGAGAGUGGAAAAUUAGUCUUUCCAGCUGCUAGCAGUCUUUAUCAAUGUGUGGACACUGGAUUCAUGCCUGGACCACUUUUUCCAUCGGAGAUCAGAAUGUCUACCACAGGAGCAAAACUAUGUCCUCAGAUAUGUCCCUGGAACAACGCUUUGAUUGCUCACACAUGUUCGGGAGAUCUAUAUUUAUCUCACAGCAUCACAGGAUCCUCAGUUCGAUUAACUCAUGCUAAGAAAGGAGGUAAGAAUCUCAUGGAUGAUCCACUUUCGGCCGGCACUCCUUCUUACGUCAUGCAGGAAGAAUUUACAAGGUAUAUCGGCUAUUGGUGGCAGCCAAAGUCCAUGUACGAUGGCAUCUACAGAAUAGUGUACGAAGAAGUGGAUGAGAGUGACGUUAAGAUAUAUUGUUUCCCUUCGGCGAAUUCGUAUGAGGUGGACGAAUUUAGAUUUCCUAGAGCCGGUAUGCCGAAUGCUAGAAGUAAUUUGAAGAUGGUGCAGUUUCGUUUGACGGAAUCGUUACAGAUCGUCGAUAUCGAAAUACUAGAGCUUCAGUAUCCUCUUCACAUAAUGUUCCCUUGGAUGGAAUACAUGGUGAGAGUGGGUUGGACUCCCGACGCUCAAUACGUCUGGGUGCAACUGUUGGACAGAAAGCAACAGAAACUCGAGUUAGUCCUAUUGUCGAUAGACAACUUUUGCGAACCGCCACCGAAUACGUAUAAUACGGAAAAUCAUUUUACGCCCACGUCAGCGAGCGUUCAAGUGAUCUAUUCGGAACAGAAUCCAACUUGGAUCAAUGUGAACGAUCUGUUAUACUUUCUCAAGUCCGACGAUGCGAACGAAGUGAAAUUUAUCUGGGGCAGCGAAGAAUCCGAAUUUCGACAUUUAUACUUUAUAGCAUCCAGUAUAGCAGGCUUGAGUAAUGGUGUGGAAGAACCUUUGGACAGGAUGGACAGCAUAUUUCUUCGGCCGCGUAUCACUUCUAAGGUGGCCCUGACACAAGGCGAUUGGGAAGUGUUGGGGAAGAAAAUCUGGGUCGACGAAGUCAAUUCUAUCGUGUACUUUUGCGGAUUACGAGAAGGACCUUUGGAGCAACAUGUUUACGCGGUUUCCCUGCGACGACCAUUAGAGAUACGGCUCUUAACGCGGCCGGGUUACAGUUACAACAGUGUUUAUUUUAAUAAAGAAUGCACGAUGUUGGUCACUGUUUAUAGUUCCAUUAAAACGUUGCCUACUUGCCAAGUAUUUAAAAUAUCGCAAACCGAUUGGACGGUGGAAAGUAUAUCGCUCACACCUGUAGGCUACCUUCUAGAACCAUCGGCCCCUGAAUCCGAGUUGUUCGCGCCAGAGAUCUUUACGCAUAGAAUAAAAUCAGGUGAUACGAUCUACUCAAUGAUAUUCAAACCUCAUAAUUUCCAACCUGGUGUUAAGUAUCCUACGAUAUUGAACGUUUACGGAGGACCCGAAGUACAACUUGUAUCAAAUACAUUUAAGGGAUUAAGGCAUUUACGGAUGCAUAUGUUAGCUGCUCAAGGUUAUUGUGUAGUUUUAAUCGAUUCUCGUGGAUCACAGCAUAGAGGUCUGAUAUUCGAAAGUCACUUACGACGCAGAAUGGGAACCGUAGAGCUAAACGAUCAAGUAGAAGUGUUAAGAUGGUUAGCAGAAACUACCGGAUACAUAAAUCUAAAUCGUGUGGCUCUUCACGGCUGGUCUUACGGCGGAUACUUAAGUCUCAUGGGUUUAAUACAGUAUCCCGACGUCUUCAAGCUGGCCAUUGCUGGUGCUCCGGUUACCUCGUGGAAUUUUUACGAUACCGGAUAUACCGAGCGUUAUAUGGAUUUGCCGCAGAACAAUCUUCAUGGUUACAUGGCCGGAUCAAUCCUAACAUAUGUUAACAAAUUUCCCGACGAAGAGAAUCGAUUGUUGAUCAUUCAUGGUCUCAUAGACGAGAAUGUACAUUUCUAUCACACUAGCCAGCUAAUUAAUGCCCUCGUGAAGAUCGGCAAACCAUAUCAGUUGCAGAUUUAUCCUAACGAGAGGCACAGUUUGAGAAAUCUGGAUGCUAGCAAACAUUACGAGACAACUUUGCUGUCCUUCUUGCAAAAUCACUUAUGAACCGAUCAUUUUUUUUUUCUCUUAUAAGCGUUUGGUAGUAGUCAUUCAAAGUUUACUGCCAUUAAUUUAUGUACACACAGAAAACUUAAACUAACCAAAAGAUACUUUCAAAUAGUAUCUGUAUUAAUUUCUGUACAAAAAAUAUGUACCUCUAUAUGAGGUUUUUAAGAUAGUAUUACAACUUCAAUGCAAAGGGUAUUCGCGGUAGCGCGAUGUGAAUUGUUAACAUAUAAGUAAUAUUGGGACGAACUUCUAGUGAGGAAUUUAUAAUGUGUAACUAGCACACAUGUGUACUGAGCUAUGCAAAUUUUCAAUGGCAAUGUAAAAAAAACUCAUGCGCGUAAUAACAUACAUUCGAAACAGCCUUUUUAAUCAGCUAUUGUUGAAGUUUACAACCAUGAUAAUAUUGGUUACUCGUGACUAUUUUUUAAGGGAAUGGACAAUACUCAAUUUAUUGACAAUAGUUAAUCAGAAAGACUAUUUCAGAGACAUUGCGUUUCUGUUCCGCAAUAUAUGUUGAAUUAUUAAACUAUGAAUACCCCAACUGUGACUAUGUACAUAAUACGUGAUCGCAAUCACGUACCUCUCUCAUCUUUCUACAGCGAGAAAAAGUAUUUGCGUUCUUCAAUGUUGUGAAAUAAUCGUAUAUCCGAUGGAUAAUUAUUUGCCAAUAAAUAAAUUCAUUAUUUUAUA